AUGGCAGUCUGUGCUCUAGUGUCCGCUCGCGUUCGGGACCAAGCAAUCUUCAAUUCUUCUUGGGACGUUGAAGAAUUAUCCGAAACGCCUUCGGAGACCUUCUAUGAUGCUGCUAUUCGUUACAGUGCCGGCCACGAAGACUGCAGGAAAGCUCACUCUCUCAAUACACUACGAUGUUUUGCUUUGCUUGCCCUCACAGCCAUUCAAUAUGGCAAAAUUCGCGAAAUGCAGCUGUACCUGGGAAACUAUCACACUUUCGUGGCUAUGGAUGGGUUACAUGAUGAAUCGAACUGGCCUAAAAACAUUGGAAUCGUUGAGACGGAAGAGAGGCGGCGAUUGAUUUGGUCCAUGUACACCUUGGAGGUCUAUUCAUCCAUAAUUUGGAACGGGGUCACACGAUGUCGGGCACAGCAGAUCAAAGUUGCCUAUACUACGGAGAUGGACGACGAUUUGUUCAAUGACUUGGGCUACAAUCAACCAGCAUUAUCUCCGGUUGACAUUGGGCCAAGCCCCGGUGGCAGGUGGGAUGAUGUGAAAACCGGCAGCUGGCUCUGUGGAUGGAACUUCACGACCGAUCUAUAUCGGAUCCUAGAGUUUGUUAUUACCAACUUUCGCGACCAAAAGCGACACAAGCGUACGUCGCUUAGCGAUAUGUUCGAUAAUAAGACUGCCCUUUCCGCCUCUUCGGUCCAGGACUCCAUCAUGGCGGCGUACCGCAAUCUUCCACGCUGUUUUAAAGAAUUUCCAGAAGUAACAUGCAACCCCUCAAGUGAUCGAUAUGGAUUUCAGGCCGCCAACAUCACCGCUACUAUCCAGUUACUUCGAAUGAUGCUGUUUGCCUCAGCCGGCGGCACAAUCGAAGAACGUUGUAAGAUUGCGAGUGAGGUCGUGGAUGCCUUCAUGCGCAUUCCGGUUGCUUAUCUGAGAGCCAUAAGUUCUCCACUCCUUCAUCACCUUGCUGGUAUUGGCGCUAUUCUAGGCAGUGUUCUUGAGGAGCCUCUCAGCGAUAUUGCUUAUCAGCAAGUGAGAGUCGUGUUGCUGUCAAUUGCACAACUUCUUGAGAAUCUCGACCAUGGUAUCCAUUCAGCUAUCAAUGCCCAGCGCCUGCGAGACUUGGUAGCGCAAAUUGAGAGCCAUUGGAAUCAACUCCGCAAUUGUUCUGAAGGCGAGGCCAGUCCUCAGGCCAAUUCGACCUUUCAAACUUCCCACGGCCUGCGUCAUCCCGACAUGCUGAGGACCAUACCUUCUCAGCUGGCCACAAGUAUAUUUGAAGACUGGCCCUGGAAUCUUGGGCUUAUGCAAGCCGCAGACAGUUGGUCGCCUAACAAUCUGGUCUCAGACGUUGGGGAUUAA